GGAAGAGGGGAAGUGAGUAUCAGCAGCAGCAGCAGCAGCAGUGAGGCCCGGUGGGAGUUAAGCAAUAUAAUGAAGUGAAGAACCCGAGUAAGAGCAGACGACGCCCGACAUUGCCAGCAGACAAUCGGGGCAGCAAGAUGGAGUUGCCAAGACUUCUGAUGGUGAUGGUGGUUGUGAUGGUGAUGAUAACGGCAGGAUGCGGCCAGAACCACACACAUCUCCUACGGCAACGGCUGCGAGACACCCUCCUUCGCAACUAUAGCAAGGAGGAAGUCCCCAGCUCUCACAGGGAACCAUUGAUCCUCUCCAUGACUUCCUUCACCAUCAGAAACCUGGAGAUGCAUGAAGCAACGCACCGUCUUCAUCUCCACGCAUGGGUUGGCUUCAGCUGGACAGACCGUCGCCUUAUGUGGGACGAUCAAGCCUGGGACGGGAUUCACAAGCUCUCCUUCAACCCUGGAGAUCUGUGGCUGCCUGAUAUCACAUUCUACAACGCGGCAGAAGCCGAGGACAUUGCAAUAAUUCCAAAGACUCGACUGGCGGUAAGCAAGGACGGAGGUGUCAUAUUCAUACACCCUAUCGACAUGGCCUUCUCCUGUGUGGCUGACCUCGCAUACUGGCCCCACGAUAGCCAUGAGUGCCGCCUGAAGCUUGGCUCGUGGACACAGGACGGGUUCACCAUCGACCUCCUCGUUGAAGACAGCCUCACCACAGAGUUAGGAAAAGAGGUGACCGCGAGUCGUGACGGUGCAAUGGACACUCUGAGCUGGGAGAUCCUCGGCACCGCAGUGAAGAGAGAGGAGCUUUUCUACGACUGCUGUGAAGAGCCUUACGUCAACCUGGAGGUGCUGUUCAGGCUGCAGAGGAAAGCCACCGCCUACAACUGGCUCGUCAAGGCCCUGAAGCUUGUCUGUGUAGAAGAUCCGUGUCUGAUUCUCCUGACGUUGGUGGUGUUCAUCCUGCCUCCUGGGGCUAGCGAGAAGAUCACCUUCGGGGGACUCUGUCUUCUCCUCAACCUGCUCUUCUUCGUCUUCAUCCAGAACACGGUCAACAACGCCCCCAACACCACGCCGCUACUAAUUCAACUGAUGGUGGUGCAGAUGGUGAUGACAGUCGCUAGUAUCCUCAUCGCUUCCUGGGUGGUGCGGGCUGCCCAUGGACCCUACAACAUCCCACCCCCCAUGGAUGUGCACAGCUUUUCCGUCAACAUCGCACCCGCCCUCUGCCUCCACGCCUACACCAGACAGCGCACGCCGGGACAAGGACAGGCUGGGGCGGCCAAGAACGAGGAGAUCGAGAUGGGCAGCUUGGUGGGACGAGAGUCACGAUCUGAGCAGAGUGGAAUAGCUGCCCAGUGGAUCCUCUUGGGCGCCGUGUUGGAUCGAGUUGCUAUGUGUAUCUAUCUUAUUGUGAGUCUUGUCAUACUUAUAAGGUUUUUCUUUGUGGUCUAAAGCCAAGCAGGAUGUGUUAUCUGAUUCUUGAUAUUCCAUAGCGGUUCAGGAUGUUCUCUUCUAAAAAUUGCAAAGGUUGUCCCAGUUCAUAAGAAAGGUGACAUCUCCGAAUUUUCUAAUUACAAACCCAUUUCAAUCUUGUCCAGUAUAUGUAAGGUAUUUGAGAAAAUAGUUGAGAGUAGACUUAGCAAUUAUCUGACACAAAAUUCACUGUUGAAUGCACAUGAAUAUGGCUUUAGGAAAAAUUAUUCUACUGAAUUAGCUGUUCAUAAUUUUUGUCAAAAUAUUUACAAUGCUUUAGAUAAUAAACUUUACCAGUUAA